ACUCCCACUCUCCCUCGGUCCAUCCCAAGUCCAAUCCCGCAGUGGCCUUCACUCCAAUCCCACCCCAGCUGAGAGACACAAUGAAGAUUUUCAACUGGAUGCACCGCAGAUUGCACCCAAGCAUGAGCUACUCUCAGGUUUCUCAAAAGAAAGAAGUAGUUUUUGGUGGGGAGACGGAGAAGGAAGAGAUGGUUCGUCAGAGGGAAGGGCAUAGGGACACAGAAGCACUGCUGCUUCAUGACAUGCUCGAUGGCAUCCUCACUAUUGGCACGUUAGGCCAUGGUCAUCCCUGCCAUGUCCUUUUCUCCCAGUCCAACUCCCCACAAGAGGAAUCACUCCAGAAGGAACAGGAGAAAGAAGAGGGGGAGGACGAGGAUCAGGAACAACAAGUAGUCCUAGCAGUAGCAGCGUUUGUUGUGGAGGAGCGUAAACCGAUGGCCGUCUUAGAGUCCGCUUUAGUUAAAUCACCACUUGAUGAGGAGGACAAGAAAAUGGUGCAGAUGGUGAUGAACGAAGAGGAACCUGAGAAACUCCUCGAGGAGCCGUUGUUAAAGAACAAAGAGAAGAAAGAAAGGGGUAGGACAACAUUGGCCGAGCUGUUUGCUGCCGAUGCCUCCAUGGAUAGGAGAAAUAACGCUUUCAAGAGGUCUCAAGUCGCCAACCCUGUUGCAAUCAGACCUCCGAGCGCUUGUCCCAAGACCAACACGCCGCACAAGAAGAAAGGAGCCAACCCGGCGCAAGCCAACACCACUUCAACAAAAUUACACCGACUGUGGACGAGGAUGCUGAAGAAGAAGAUCCAUCCGGAGCUGAACGAGCAAUGCACUACUGGUGAGGUGCCACUGAUGACCGCACAAGUGGGGAUCUCUUCUCGCACGGAGGUGGUGUAAAUUCUAAUGCAUUGGUAGUUCUUGUACGGGGAAUAAAAAUGCGAAUGAGAGCAACAUGUGGUACAUCUUUGCCAAAUAGUAGUUUCGUUUGAUUGUGAUGCACCAGUGGAGCUGCAAGCCAAGCUAGAUAAAUGUAUAAUAACUUGUGAUACUCUUGUACGUGAUUACUUUUAAUUCUAUAAUAAAGGAGAUAGUUGCACA